AUGGCGCUAGGGACGAUGGCAGCGGUGGCGGGGGACGCGUGGGAGUCGAUUCUGCCCGAGCCUCCCUCGGACACGGUGAGCAGCGUGGCUUGGAGCCCAAAGGGCGACUACCUGGUGGCGGGGUCCUGGGACAAGACGGUGAGGUGCUGGGAGAUACCGCAGGGGGUCGGGAAGCGCGAGGGCGUGGCUCGCGCGAUGACGACGCUGCCGCAGCCGGUGUUGGCGGUGUGCUGGCACAACACAGAGUUCCGGGCGUUCGCUGCGGGCUGCGACAACCAGGUCUACGCGUGGGAUCUCGGCACGAACCAGACGAUGGUCAUCGGGAAGCACGACGCGCCCGUGAAGAGCAUCUUCUACGCCCCGGAGCUCAACUGCGUCGUGGCGGGCUCGUGGGACAAAACCAUCCGGUACUGGGACGCGCGGCAGCCGAGGGAGGCGUGCAAGUUCCAGGCCGAGGAGAGAAUCUACAGCAUGGCGCUCCGCGGGCGGCUGCUGGUCGCGGCCACGGCGCCAGGCGCGGCGGUGGCACAGAUGGGCGCGCAGCCUGACAAGGGAAAAGUGCUCAUCUUCGACAUCAGCAACCCGCAGACGCUGUACCGGGCCGACCCCUCGGACCUCGGCCACCAAAUGCGCUGCGUGGAGGUCUGGCACAACUCCGCCGGGUACCUCGCCGGGUCCAUUGAGGGCCGUGUGGCGGUGCACUCGCUACAGGACGUCCAUCCGAACAAGACGCCGCAGUUCACGUUCACGUUCAAGUGCCACCGGUCCACCACGGGCGGCAGCGUCCCCAAGUGCUACCCGGUGAACGCCAUGUCCGUCCACCCGGACUACGGCACCUUCGUGACCGUCGGCGGCGACGGAGGCGUCAGCUUCUGGGACAAGGAGAACAAGUCCAAGCUGUCGAGCCACAUGAAGCAGCAGCCGAUCACGACCGCGGCGUACAACGAGUGCGCGAACAACGCGCGGCCCUGCCUGCUGGCCAUUGCGGAGGGGUACGACUGGCAACAGGGUCACAACUCGCAGCUCGCGCGACAGCCGGCGAAGAUCACCGUGCGCGGCUGCAGCAAGACGGACAUCGAGCCGAAGAAGAAGAACUGA